AGCGGGUACAAUAACAACAAUAAGCUUAUAUACUGUCGCUCAAAAUUUUGGACUCAACUGACAUUUUUUUAUUUUAUUUUUUAUUUAUUAUUAAAAUUAUAAAAUGUAAUCACAAGAAAUUCGGCUGUUGACAUCCGCUAGUGUGCACCUAAAUAUUGCGGUUGAAUUAGUUUCUUAAACGUGUUUGAUACGUAAAGGUCUCAACAAAUUUUCGGCAAUUCAAAUUUCAGUAACCACUUCAGCAAAAAUGAUUUUGCGUAAAUAUUGUAUAUUUUGUAUAAUACUGUUUUUCCAAAAGUACGUCGUAGAUACUGUCGCGGUGGAUGAUUUUAAGGAUUGUACACACGAACCUCAUCAAAGUAUAAAUCCUGUAAAAGCAGAUACGUCGAAUAAUAGUAACCUUGAUAAAUCGGAUAAUUUUCAUAAAUCUGCAACAAAUUCGACAGAAUUUCCAUCUCCUUCAAGCGUUGGAAACGUCUCAUCUAAAUCUCUAGAUACUAAAUGCGUUCUACGAGAAAACAUUAUAAUAGAAAAAUCGGUUUGUGAAGAUCUUUGUGAAUGUGCUCCAGGUUUUACAAUCCUUAAUCGAGACGAAAAUAACAAAACCAUAAAGCCAACUUGUGUUGCUAUAUUACCAGAAACUACACUAAAGACAAUAAUAGACACUGAAAACUCAGAGGAUAAUUCGAAAACUAAAAGUAAAUCAGAAACAAAACCGUCAACAGAUGAUCAACUUAAAAACGAUGACACUAGUGAUAUAAACAAUUCAGAUAGUGCAAGUACCAAUACAUCUAGACUAUCAAAUGAAACUCCAACUGAUGCAGAUGAAAGUAGCUCGAACACUAAUUCAACAAAAAUAUCUAGCCAAAAUGUUAACUCAGAGGAUAAAACAGAGGACUCAGAGGAUAUAAACAGUUCAGAUAGUGCAAGUACCAAUACAACUAAACAAUCAAAUGAAACUCCAACUGAUGCAGAUGAAAGUAGCUCGAACACUAAUUCAACAAAAAAAUCUAGCCAAAAUGUAAACUCAGAGGAUAAAACAAAGGACUCAGAGGAUAUAAACAGUUCAGAUAGUGCAAGUACCAAUACAACUAAACUAUCAAAUGAAACUCCAACCGAUGCAGAUGAAAGUAGCUCGAACACUAAUUCAACAAAAAUAUCUAGCCAAAAUGUAAACUCAGAGGAUAAAACAGAGGACUCAGAGGAUAUAAACAGUUCAGAUAGUGCAAGUACCAAUACAACUAAAAUAUCAAAUACAACUCCAACCGAUGCAGAUGAAAGUAGCUCGAACACUAAUUCAACAAAAAUAUAUAGCCAAAAUGUAAACUCAGAGAAUAAAACAGAGGACUCAGAGGAUAUAAACAGUUCAGAUAGUGCUAGUACCAAUACAACUAAACUAUCAAAUGAAACUCCAACUGAUGUAGAUGAAAGUAGCUCGAACACUAAUUCAACAAAAAUAUCUAGCCAAAAUGUAAACUCAGAGGAUAAAACAGAGGACCCAGAGGAUAUAAACAGUUCAGAUAGUGCAAGUACCAAUAUAACUAGACUAUCAAAUGAAACUCCAACUGAUGCAGAUGAAAGUAGCUCGAACACUAAUUCAACAAAAAUAUCUAGCCAAAAUGUAAACUCAGAGGAUAAAACAGAGGACUCAGAGGAUAUAAACAGUUCAGAUAGUGCAAGUACCAAUACAACUAAACUAUCAAAUGAAACUCCAACUGAUGCAGAUGAAAGUAGCUCGAACACUAAUUCAACAAAAAUAUCUAGCCAAAAUGUAAACUCAGAGGAUAAAACAGAGGACUCAGAGGAUAUAAACAGUUCAGAUAGUGCAAGUACCAAUACAACCAAACUAUCAAAUGAAACUCCAACUGAUGCAGAUGAAAGUAGCUCGAACACUAAUUCAACAAAAAUAUCUAGCCAAAAUGUAAACUCAGAGGAUAAAACAGAGGACUCAGAGGAUAUAAACAGUUCAGAUAGUGCAAGUACCAAUACAACUAAACUAUCAAAUAAAACUCCAACUGAUGCAGAUGAAAGUACUUCGAACAGUACUUCAACAAUAACAUCUAGCCGUACUGUAAACUCAGAGGAUAAAACAGAGGACUCAGAGGAUAUAAACAGUUCAGAUAGUGCAAGUACCAAUGCAACUAGAUUAUCAAAUGAAACUCCAACCGAUGCAGAUGAAAGUAGCUCGAACACAAAUUCAACAAAAAUAUCUAGCCAAAAUGUAAACUCAGAGGAUAAAACAGAGGACUCAGAGGAUAUAAACAGUUCAGAUAGUGCAAGUACCAAUACAACUAAACUAUCAAAUGGAACUCCAACCGAUGCAGAUGAAAGUAGCUCGAACACUAAUUCAACAAAAAUAUCUAGCCAAAAUGUAAACUCAGAGGAUAAAACAGAGGACUCAGAGGAUAUAAACAGUUCAGAUAGUGCAAGUACCAAUACAACUAAACUAUCAAAUGAUACUCCAACUGAUGCAGAUGAAAGUAGCUCGAACACUAAUUCAACAAAAAUAUCUAGCCAAAAUGUAAACUCAGAGGAUAAAACAGAGGACUCAGAGGAUAUAAACAGUUCAGAUAGUGCAAGUACCAAUACAACUAAACUAUCAAAUGGAACUCCAACCGAUGCAGAUGAAAGUAGCUCGAACACUAAUUCAACAAAAAUAUCUACCCAAAAUGUAAACUCAGAGGAUAAAACAGAGGACUCAGAGGAUAUAAACAGUUCAGAUAGUGCAAGUACCAAUACAACUAAACUAUCAAAUGGAACUCCAACCGAUGCAGAUGAAAGUAGCUCGAACACUAAUUCAACAAAAAUAUCUACCCAAAAUGUAAACUCAGAGGAUAAAACAGAGGACUCAGAGGAUUUAAACAGUUCAGAUAGUGCAAGUACCAAUACAACUAAACUAUCAAAUGAAACUCCAACUGAUGCAGAUGAAAGUAGCUCGAACACUAAUUCAACAAAAAUAUCUAGCCAAAAUGUAAACUCAGAGGAUAAAACAGAGGACUCAGAGUAUAUAAACAGUUCAGAUAGUGCAAGUACCAAUACAACUAAACUAUCAAAUGAUACUCCAACUGAUGCAGAUGAAAGUAGCUCGAACACUAAUUCAACAAAAAUAUCUAGCCAAAAUGUAAACUCAGAGGAUAAAACAGAGGACUCAGAGGAUAUAAACAGUUCAGAUAGUGCAAGUACCAAUACAACUAAACUAUCAAAUGAUACUCCAACUGAUGCAGAUGAAAGUAGCUCGAACACUAAUUCAACAAAAAUAUCUAGCCAAAAUGUAAACUCAGAGGAUAAAACAGAGGACUCAGAGUAUAUAAACAGUUCAGAUAGUGCAAGUACCAAUACAACUAAACUAUCAAAUGAUACUCCAACUGAUGCAGAUGAAAGUAGCUCGAACACUAAUUCAACAAAAAUAUCUAGCCAAAAUGUAAACUCAGAGGAUAAAACAGAGGACUCAGAGGAUACAAACAGUUCAGAUACUGCAAGUACCAAUACAACUAAACUAUCAAAUGAAACUCCAACUGAUGCAGAUGAAAGUAGCUCGAACACUAAUUCAACAAAAAUAUCUAGCCAAAAUGUAAACUCAGAGGAUAAAACAGAGGACUCAGAGGAUAUAAACAGUUCAGAUAGUGCAAGUACCAAUACAACUAAACUGUCAAAUGAAACUCCUACUGAUACAGAUGAAAGUAGCUCGAACACUAAUUCAACAAAAAUAUCUAGCCAAAAUGUAAACUCAGAGGAGAAAACAGAGGACUCAGAGGAUAUAAACAGUUCAGACAGUGCAAGUACCAAUACAACUAAACUAUCAAAUGGAACUCCAACCGAUGCAGAUGAAAGUAGCUCGAACACUAAUUCAACAAAAAUAUCUAGCCAAAAUGUAAACUCAGAGGAUAAAACAGAGGACUCAGAGGAUAUAAACAGUUCAGAUAGUGCAAGUACCAAUACAAGUAACUCAAAUACUACUUCUACAGAGGAACGCAAACAUUCUCAACUGGCUUAUCAUAUGACAGGAGGAGCGCUGAUUGCAUUAAUUUUAAUUGUUUUAGUUGUACUGCAUUUAUGGAAUUCCAGAGCAAGUGGUUACUACGAAUUUUCCAAUUCUGUUUAAGAAUACAAAUAUAAUUUUGAUUAAGGAGGAUUAAAAUUGCAAAAAUAUAUGUGUUUUUUCAUUUAGCUUUCAAGUGAUAGUAGUACAAACAAGUACGGUAAGGCUAAGUUCAGGUGCAACCGAACAUUUUAU